AUGAGCGAUCCAGGGGCAGUCCUGGCGUCUACGGUGACCGCAAUUGCAGCCCUCGGGUUCAUACCUGUGGCUGUUCAUUUCAAUUUCUUCCCCUUGCUCAAUCGAAUUGGACCGAUUGCCACAGCCGAAGAGCUAACCAAAGCAUCCGAUGCUGAGAGGAGCGAUGAAGCCAAAUUGUUCUCACCGUUAUGUUUGCGGCUAACAGAGGACACCAUGUACGCGAUGGCUGGCCUGGGCCUCGUUGACCUGGUUGAUGAUACAACAUACCAGGUUAACCCCAUCACGACUCACAUGGUGGCUGUGCCAUCCUCUCUGCAUGGCAUGCUGCAUUUCACGACGGAGCCUCUCUGGUCGGCAGCUUUCUUGAUGAAACAACUUCGAGAUACCAGAUUCGAAUACCCGUUCCAGGAGAACAAAACACCCACGCAAUAUGGAUACAAAUUGAUUGGCGAGGAGAGAUUUGUCAAUGAGCACACUUACUCGAUAAUGCACAUGCAAGGACGUAUGCCGAGCUUCUCAUCCUUCAUGGAAGGCAAAUUUGGCCGCUUUGGCACCAUGCCGGACCGGGUGCAAUCCUUUGGAUAUGAUCUGGGCUCUGUCUUGGAGAGCGAAGCCAACAAAAUCGCCAUCGUCGAUAUUGGGGGCGGACGAGGAGAGAUGCUUCUGGAAGUAAAGGCAGCGUACCCGCAUCUGAAGAAGGGGAAUCUAAUCUUGCAAGAAUACCACCCCGAACAAACGAACGCUGAUGAAGUGACAAUUCAGCAUUGGGACUUUAAGGACGAGUCUCCCGAGCCCGUCACCGGGGCUCUCGUGUACAGCCUGACACACAUCUACCAUAAUUUGUCAGACCUCGAAGCCUUGAGGCUGAUGAAGAAGGUGUCAGAUGCGAUGGCGCCGUACUCCCGCAUGCUGAUCCACGAGUUCCCAAAAAAUUCCACCUAUGGGAAGAUGCACGCCACGAUGAUUCAGUUGUACGCUGGCAGAAUCAGGAGCAGUCGAGAGUGGAAGCAGAUGGCGGCUUUAGCGGGAUUGGAAGUAACUUUCGAGGCGUAUCCCAUUGCUGGGGAGGGGCUUGUAGAGAUGAGGAAGUUGGCAUCGUCUGGUUCGGCGGCCUAG